CAGCUGUGAGAUGCCCUCCACACGACGACCAACCUGCUCACAAGAACUGCUGUAUGUUCACAGCUUGGCCAGGUCUCUUGCGCGAGGGUAUAUCUCUGCCGUUGAUUUCCGUCUAAAGGCCUAUGUCCUCGGGGAUUUCUUGGGUGCGUCUUCUGCUUCCGGGCGACAGCUUCUCGGGGCCCUGCUUCCGCGCUCCUAUCCCAUGGCUCUCCGUCAAAGUUAGCAACCUAAACGGACAGCGUACGUCUUACUGCACCCACGCCGACCACGGUGCCCUGUGCUCCGUCUUUCGCUCUCUUUCCCCCUCAUCUCCAUGUCGCGAGCUCCCUCGGACAACAGGACUACUUCAGCCCGCACCUCCGUGCUCUCUCGCUAUGCCGCGAAGCUCAGCAGGCAACGUCUCGCUCACGUCUCGCUCGCCAAUAUCCUUGCUGGUCACACUUGCUCUCCCAUAGGCCUGGCUGAUUUUGAGGCGUACCUCGCCUUCAAGGAGCACUCACUGGAGAACCUGCACUUCGCUGUCUGGUACCAAAGCUACCGAAAACGCUAUCUCGCCCUUUCCUCUGCCCCUCAGUCUCGUCCCCACUACCACUGCAAGAGCGACUCCUUCCAAUUUCCGCUCCCAACCCCAGCACGGACAACACAACGUUUAUCGGAGUGCAGGCGACAGUCUGACACAGCAGCGUCCUGCUCCAACCCCUCCCCCACCGACUCCGUUUUCCCCGACGACUUUGCGUCUCCUGUACGCCGUGGCUUUCCCGGACCCCCGCUUUCCUUAACCUCACCCGCGCCCUCCGGCCUUCCCGCCUUUCCUUACACGUCUCCCUCCGACCCUUCGCACGAUGCUUCGCCUAUGAGAUCAUUGCGGCUCGAAUGCGCGCAUGCGACGGCGACAUUCCUCACCCCCAGUUCCCCAGAAGAGCUUAUGCUCGAUGCCGAGGUGCGAGAAGCCGUUAUACGCGAGUUGACAUGGAGCAUCCACCCCGACGUCUUCGUCUCCGUGUACGAGAGCGUCGUCGAGGCACUCGAAUCGUUCAGCCUCCCACGCUUUCUGGAGCACGCCUCGACGAACAUCAAUUCCCCCAAGCAGAUCUUCUGGUACUCCGUCGGCAUCGUCGACAUGCUUCUCGCAACAACACUAGCCGUUCUGUUCAUCGUGCUCCUGCCGAGCGGGAUGACCGAGGCGUCGCGGCGGGCUUGGCGCCUCAUUACCGUACCACUCUUCUCUCUGGGCAGCAUGCAGGCGUAUUCCGCGUGGAGAGGGUUCUGCAGUGAAGUAUGGGGUCGAGGCAACACGCAGUUACGUACCUGGGAACUCGAAGCGAGUGGACACGAGACCACGGCAUCCUCACCGUGGUCGUCGCUCGCCUCCACGAGCGCCCCCGCUUCCCCCGUCCGGGAGAACAAGAUCGUCCUCUCAAGCGUAUACGAAGUCGAGCGCGAGGGACGUUCCUACCAGGACUCUCCUUCCACCUCAGCCCCGACAUCACCGCAGUCGCAAACGUUCACGCCCGAUGCACAUGACGACAUAACGGCGAUCCCGGACCUCGAUGAUACCCACUCUUUGCACGGGAGGCUCGGACGCAAGAUACACCACCUCGGGAAAGACGCAGACGACGAGCCGCUAUCUGGCCAUCCCUACGUCACGUCUGUGGACGUGAGACUCUCGCAGGCCGGGUCUGGCGAGUCCGACGCAGAACCAGCGCUGCCCUUGGAUCCCUGGGGCUGGGAAGGCUCCUCACGCGGCGGGACUGGGGACGUGCGGAAAGGCUGGGAGCGCGAUGCGAAGGGGAGCCGACGGGCGAGUGCGAGGGAGGAGUUUAGGCGGCCGCCUGUGUUUGGGCCCGAGCGACCCGUGCUGGACCCGCACAUCCGUGCGGUGCACAAGGCGGUCAUGCGGGAUAUGUUGGUUGCGGGUUUCGUGUGCACGGUGGUGUUCACUGUGAUCAUACUCGCGGUACCGAGCGUUCAGGGCUCUUGACAGAAAUCUGUUGGUCGGAAGGACUUGUAUUCAUGGUCGGACUUGUUGUAACACGGGACACUGUAGCAUAGAUGUGCCAACAUCAUAAUCAUUGCUGC